CCCGGCAUUCCCCGUGGGCGGUGCUCCCCUUUGACCCCUCGCUCGCGUGCUACACAUCCGGGCCUCUGCUACUAGUGAGGGGAAGAUGGCGGCCGCAACUGUGGUGGUUCCUGUGGAGUGGAUAAAGAACUGGGAGAAAUCAGGGAGAGGCGAAUUUUUACAUUUAUGCCGGAUCCUCAGUGAAAAUAAAAGCCACGAUAGUUCAACUUACAGAGAUUUCCAGCAAGCUCUUUAUGAAUUAUCAUACCAUGUCAUUAAAGGAAAUCUAAAGCAUGAACAGGCAUCUAAUGUUCUUAGUGACAUCAGUGAAUUUCGUGAGGAUAUGCCCUCCAUUCUUGCUGAUGUAUUCUGCAUAUUAGAUAUUGAAACAAAUUGUUUAGAAGAAAAAAGCAAGAGAGAUUAUUUUACACAAUUGGUAUUAGCAUGUUUGUAUUUAGUUUCAGACACAGUUCUAAAGGAACGCUUGGAUCCAGAAACAUUGGAAUCAUUAGGGCUUAUCAAACAAUCACAGCAAUUCAAUCAAAAGUCAGUUAAAAUCAAGACAAAACUCUUUUAUAAGCAGCAAAAAUUUAAUUUGUUAAGAGAAGAAAAUGAAGGUUAUGCCAAGCUGAUUGCUGAAUUGGGGCAAGAUUUAUCUGGAAAUAUUACUAGUGAUUUAAUCUUAGAAAAUAUCAAAUCUUUAAUAGGAUGCUUUAAUCUGGAUCCCAAUAGAGUUCUGGAUGUCAUUUUAGAAGUGUUUGAAUGCAGGCCAGAACACGAUGACUUCUUUAUAUCUUUAUUAGAAUCUUACAUGAGUAUGUGUGAACCGCAAACACUGUGUCAUAUUCUUGGGUUCAAAUUCAAGUUUUAUCAGGAACCAAAUGGAGAGACUCCUUCAUCUUUAUACAGAGUUGCAGCCGUACUUCUACAAUUUAACCUUAUUGAUUUAGAUGAUCUUUAUGUACAUCUUCUUCCAGCUGAUAAUUGCAUUAUGGAUGAACACAAACGAGAAAUUGUAGAAGCUAAGCAGAUCGUUAGAAAACUUACAAUGGUUGUAUUGUCUUCUGAUAAAAUUGACGAGCGAGAGAAAGAAAAGGAAAAAGAAGAGGAGAAAGUGGAGAAGCCACCUGACAACCAAAAACUUGGUUUGUUGGAAGCUUUGUUAAAGAUUGGUGAUUGGCAGCAUGCGCAGAGCAUUAUGGAUCAGAUGCCUCCAUACUAUGCAGCUUCACAUAAACUAAUAGCCCUUGCUAUUUGCAAGCUGAUUCAUAUAACUAUUGAGCCUCUCUAUCGAAGAGUUGGCGUUCCUAAAGGUGCUAAAGGCUCACCUGUUAGUGCUUUGCAAAAUAAGAGAGCACCAAAACAAGCAGAGAGCUUUGAAGAUUUGAGGAGAGACGUCUUCAAUAUGUUCUGUUACCUUGGUCCCCACCUUUCUCAUGAUCCCAUUUUAUUCGCAAAAGUGGUGCGGAUAGGCAAGUCAUUUAUGAAGGAGUUUCAGUCUGAUGGAAGCAAACAAGAAGAUAAAGAAAAAACGGAAGUUAUCCUUAGCUGUUUGCUUAGCAUUACUGACCAGGUAUUACUUCCAUCUCUUUCUUUGAUGGACUGCAAUGCUUGUAUGUCUGAGGAACUAUGGGGAAUGUUUAAAACAUUUCCAUAUCAGCAUAGAUAUCGUCUGUAUGGCCAGUGGAAGAAUGAGACUUACAACAGUCAUCCACUUUUAGUAAAAGUUAAAGCUCAAACAAUAGACAGAGCCAAAUAUAUCAUGAAGCGUCUAACCAAGGAAAAUGUGAAGCCUUCUGGAAGACAAAUUGGGAAGUUGAGCCACAGCAAUCCAACCAUUUUGUUUGAUUAUGUAUGUUUUGAGAUCUUGUCACAAAUACAGAAGUAUGAUAACUUGAUAACACCUGUAGUAGAUUCAUUGAAAUACCUCACUUCGUUGAAUUAUGACGUCUUGGCCUAUUGUAUCAUUGAAGCUUUAGCUAAUCCAGAAAAGGAGAAAAUGAAACAUGAUGACACAACCAUCUCAAGUUGGCUUCAGAGUCUGGCUAGUUUCUGUGGUGCAGUUUUUCGUAAAUAUCCAAUUGAUCUUGCUGGUCUUCUUCAGUAUGUGGCUAAUCAGCUAAAGGCAGGCAAAAGUUUUGACCUGCUUAUACUGAAAGAAGUGGUACAAAAAAUGGCAGGAAUAGAAAUUACAGAAGAAAUGACAAUGGAGCAACUAGAAGCCAUGACUGGUGGAGAGCAACUAAAAGCUGAGGGUGGUUAUUUUGGCCAGAUAAGAAACACGAAAAAAUCCUCCCAGAGAUUAAAGGAUGCACUAUUAGACCAUGAUCUUGCUCUUCCUCUCUGCUUGCUUAUGGCUCAGCAGAGGAAUGGGGUAAUCUUUCAGGAAGGUGGAGAGAAACAUUUGAAACUUGUGGGAAAACUCUAUGAUCAGUGUCAUGAUACCCUGGUACAGUUUGGUGGGUUUUUAGCAUCUAAUCUAAGCACAGAAGAUUAUAUAAAGCGAGUGCCUUCAAUUGAUGUGCUCUGUAAUGAAUUUCACACACCUCAUGAUGCAGCAUUUUUCCUGUCUAGGCCAAUGUAUGCACACCAUAUUUCGUCAAAGUAUGACGAACUUAAAAAAUCAGAGAAGGGAAGUAAACAGCAGCAUAAAGUUCAUAAGUACAUCACAUCAUGUGAAAUGGUGAUGGCUCCUGUUCAUGAAGCAGUGGUUUCCUUACACGUUUCCAAAGUCUGGGAUGACAUCAGUCCUCAAUUCUAUGCCACAUUCUGGUCAUUGACAAUGUAUGACCUUGCAGUUCCACAUACCAGCUAUGAACGGGAAGUCAAUAAACUUAAAAUCCAGAUGAAAGCAAUUGAUGACAAUCAGGAAAUGCCUCCAAAUAAAAAGAAAAAAGAGAAGGAGCGAUGUACUGCCCUUCAGGACAAGCUUCUCGAAGAAGAAAAGAAACAGAUGGAACAUGUACAGCGAGUUCUGCAGAGACUGAAACUGGAAAAGGACAACUGGCUUUUAGCAAAAUCUACCAAAAAUGAGACCAUCACAAAAUUUCUACAGCUGUGUAUAUUUCCUCGAUGUAUUUUUUCAGCAAUUGAUGCUGUUUACUGUGCUCGUUUUGUUGAAUUGGUACAUCAACAGAAAACUCCAAAUUUUUCCACACUUCUUUGCUAUGAUCGAGUUUUCUCUGAUAUAAUUUACACAGUUGCAAGCUGUACUGAAAAUGAAGCUAGUCGAUAUGGGAGAUUCCUUUGCUGCAUGUUAGAGACUGUGACCAGGUGGCACAGUGAUAGAGCCACAUAUGAAAAGGAAUGUGGAAAUUAUCCAGGAUUCCUUACUAUAUUACGAGCAACUGGAUUUGAUGGUGGAAAUAAAGCUGAUCAAUUAGACUAUGAAAAUUUUCGACAUGUUGUACACAAAUGGCAUUACAAACUAACCAAGGCCUCGGUACAUUGCCUUGAAACAGGCGAAUAUACUCACAUCAGGAAUAUCUUGAUUGUGCUAACAAAAAUACUUCCUUGGUACCCAAAAGUUUUGAAUCUGGGUCAGGCAUUGGAAAGAAGAGUGCAUAAAAUCUGCCAAGAGGAAAAAGAGAAGAGGCCAGAUCUAUAUGCAUUGGCUAUGGGCUACUCUGGGCAGUUGAAAAGUAGAAAGUCAUACAUGAUACCUGAAAAUGAGUUUCAUCACAAAGACCCCCCUCCGAGGAAUGCAGUUGCCAGUGUACAAAAUGGGCCUGGUGGUGGGCCUUCUUCAUCGUCGAUCGGAAGUGUAUCUAAGUCAGACGAAAGCAGUACCGAGGACACUGAUAAAUCAAGGGAGAGAUCUCAGUGUGGUGUGAAAGCUGUUAAUAAAGCUUCUAGUGCCACACCAAAAGGGAAUUCAAGUAAUGGAAAUAGUGGCUCUAACAGCAGCAAAACUGUUAAAGAAAAUGACAAAGAAAAAGGAAAAGAGAAAGAAAAAGAGAAAAAAGAAAAGACUCCAGCUACUACUCCAGAGGCCCGAGUACUUGGUAAAGAUGGUAAAGAAAAACCAAAGGAAGAACGGCCAAAUAAAGAUGAAAAAGCAAGAGAGACAAAGGAAAGAACACCUAAAUCUGACAAAGAGAAAGAAAAAUUCAAGAAGGAAGAAAAAGCUAAAGAUGAGAAAUUCAAGACCACUGUCCCGAAUGUAGAAUCAAAGUCAACUCAAGAAAAGGAAAGAGAGAAGGAGCCGUCCAGAGAACGAGAUAUAGCAAAGGAAAUGAAAUCAAAGGAAAAUGUUAAAGGAGGAGAGAAAACACCAGUUUCUGGGUCCUUGAAAUCACCUGUUCCCCGAUCAGAUAUUACAGAGCCUGAAAGGGAACAGAAACGUCGCAAAAUUGAUACCCAUCCUUCUCCAUCACAUUCCUCAACAGUAAAGAUGGUUUAUUUCCAGGUUACAGCCAUACUUCCCAAAGUUCCUCUGGGUUCUGAGAACUAUGCCAGCUCACCUGUCAUCUCCAUUCAUUUUCUACAGGACAGUCUCAUCGAACUCAAGGAGUCUUCAGCAAAGCUCUACAUUAAUCAUACUCCUCCACCACUGUCCAAGAGUAAGGAGAGAGAAAUGGACAAGAAAGAUUUGGACAAGUCAAGGGAAAGAUCCAGAGAAAGAGAAAAAAAAGAUGAAAAGGACAGGAAAGAGCGGAAAAGGGAUCACUCAAACAAUGACCGAGAAGUGCCACCGGACUUAACCAAGAGGCGGAAAGAGGAAAAUGGAACAAUGGGGGUUUCAAAGCACAAAAGUGAAAGUCCAUGUGAGUCUCCUUAUCCAAAUGAGAAAGACAAGGAAAAAAAUAAGUCAAAAUCUUCAGGCAAAGAAAAAGGCGGCGACUCAUUUAAAUCUGAAAAGAUGGAUAAAAUCUCCUCUGGUGGCAAAAAGGAGUCCAGGCAUGAUAAAGAAAAGAUAGAAAAGAAAGAGAAACGGGACAGUUCAGGAGGAAAGGAAGAGAAGAAACAUCAUAAGUCCUCGGACAAGCACAGAUAAUGAAGACUUUCAAUCAAGGUGAGAUUGGAAUGAAUUGUUCAGCUGUGACCAGAAAUUUAUUUUCCUGAGUAGAUUGCCAAGAAUUAUGAAUGAAGAGGGCCCAUUUGCAUCUCCUUAAAUUAUUCAGUUAUCUGCUUUAUUGCUCCAUGCUGAAAACUUAGAAUUGUUGAGUUGUGCAUUACUGUAUUUAACUUGUUGCUUAGUUUCUACAUGUUUAUUUUCAGUAAAUGGCUGAAAGUGUUAACUGUUUCAUAUUUUUAGCACAAUGUGCUGCAUACAGUUUCCAACAAGCAAAUAAGGUUACAUAUGUACAGAGUUUCACUUUAGAGUAACUAAAUAUUGCCUGGGUUUAUUUUUUUUUUCAAUACGAAAUGCUUCCUUUUUAUUGUUUGAAAUGGAAAAUAAACAAUUAUUGAACCAUUUUGAAUUUACCUCAUUUAAAAACUCAAUUUUAACUUAUUAUUUGGCCUGUUUUAUAUUUAGUCAGUAAAAAAACAAAGUGGGAGCAGUGUCUUAUGCAAUGCCUAGGAAUCAUUUUAUAUAGUUCGUGUACGACAUUAAAACAUGUUUGAAAAAAAAAAUGGUACCAGCACUCACUUGUCCCUUGCCAUUUUUUUUUUGUAAUUAUGUUAGAAAAACCAAGGGGUUGGGGGGAAUAAAAAUGUGUUUUAAUUCUACAGUUAGAGAAGCUUUGUAUUGCUGAACUUUCAUCUGGAAAAGUUUCACAGUGACAUUUUUAAAAGGAAAUUUUUUUAUCUAUCUAAUUCUACCCAUGUAACCUUUUUUUCUAAAUAAACAAUAGUUUUCUCAAAUGAUUGUA